AUGAAAUUACUGGUCGUCGUCGUUAGCCUGGCCGUAGCCGUCGCAGCCAAGGAGUCAAUAUUUUACGACUACCAUCAAGAGAUCGGUAUCCCCGAGGCUGCGCGCAUCAAGCUCGCUGAGGCCGCUUUGGACUUCGACGGCUCCAGGAUCGUAGGAGGAUCCAUAUCUUCUCUCGGCGCACAACCCCACUUGGCUGGUCUGGUCGUCACCUUGACUGACGGCAGACAGUCAGUUUGCGGAUCAUCCCUUCUCACCAACACAAGACUGGUGACCGCCGCUCAUUGCUGGAGGCAUCGCCAAAUCCAAGCUCGUCAGUUCACCGUCGUCCUCGGCUCCGUCCGUGUCUUUUCGGGCGGCGUUCGUGUCAACACCAACAAUGUCCAGAUGCAUGGCAGCUACAACGAAAAUAACCUUAACAACGACAUCGCCAUGAUUUUCACCAGCCACAUUAGUUUCAACAAUAACAUCCAACGCAUCGCCAUCGCUACUGGCAGUAACAAUUAUGCCGGGGUCUGGGCCACAGCUGCCGGUUACGGCGCAACCGGUGACAAUGUCCCUGUCACCACCAACCAGGUGAAGAAGCAUAUUAACUUGCGAGUGAUCACCAACGCCGUGUGUUCCAACACUUUUAGACCCGGGAUCGUGAUUCACUCCACGCUGUGUACCGCAACCUCCGUCGGUCAGAGCACCUGUGUCAGUGACUCCGGUGGUCCUCUCGCCAUUGGCAGUGGCAACAGUCGGACUUUGAUCGGUGUCGUCUCCUUCGGCUCGGCAUCCGGCUGCUCCCAGGGCAACCCGGUCGGUUUCGCCAGAAUAACCUCGUUCGCUUCCUGGAUCAACGCCCGUCUUUAA